AGUUGAUGUCUGCUACAGUCACACUAGAAUCAAAGGUAAGAGUUCUUAGAGGAUGCCAAAACAUGCAAGAAGAGAAGAUUUCUGUUAUCCAGGCUAAAUCACAGAGUUUGGAGCACUAUAUUUCAUCAGAAUUUGCCAAAUUGCACACGUUCCUUCAGGACAAGGAGAGUCAACUGAUCCAACAGCUCAAUGGAGAAACAGCAGGAAUUCUGGGAAAAAUGGAAGAAAAACUAAAUGAAGUUAAAGAACUGGCAGAAGCUAUUCAGAGACAAGUAUCAGACAUUCAUUCAAAACUACAGCAGGAAGAUUCUCUUUUUCUCAUAGUAAUAAAUCUUCAUUGUCCUGUUUCAUUCUUUGUAAUAUUCAUAAUGAUAUUACUAGGGAAACAAGUGUCAUUUUUCCAUUGUAAUGGCUUUCUUCUCAUUAUAUUGUUUCAUAAAAAACAGACUAUACAGUAUAUCUUUCAUGUGUACAGUAUUUGACUGUGGACCUGUACAAAUGAACCAAAGCCAGACUUUGCAAAAAUAGGGAGUCAUUGAAUCAUCUUGAUUACUGGUUGGGAAAACCCUGACUGCCUCACAAUAGGGUAGACCUGGAACUCACAUCCAGUUAAAAAUAACCUGCUGUAACAUCAUAGUGCCAGAGGAUAGGCUCCAUUCAGUUAGUGGGUGAUGUCAGAUAUUCAAACAUUUUGACAAAGCCGAUAUGGGGAAUCUCUCUUCAUCUGCUCUCGCACUGAACAGUCAUCAUAUUCCAGUCUGAACUGAAGAAUUGCAGCUCAUAUCCUGUAAGCUUCUAGUUCAUUCACUAGAAGAUACAACAUAACUGGCUUACACUACACCUACAUGUUGAAAAUGACUUGCAACCACAUAUACAGAUGUGCACAUAUGACACUAGAAAACAUUUGUUAGAAACUUGGUGCCAGCACUUGUAGAACAAAUUACUGAAAUGGUAAAAGCGUGGGACAAAAAAAAUGUGUCUAGACAUAAACAUGGACCUUCUCACAUUAUGCAUAGCCCUUGAAUAUCAGUCACCCUUUAGGGUGUUUCCCCCCUGCAGACAUUUAUAUACUGCAAACAUGUUUCUACAACAACAUUUUGUACCUAAAUAAAUACAGGAAGAACUUUUUUAAAAUUAGACAUCUUAUUACUCAGUUCUCUGAAUGACUCGUAUACAUGGUGCUGUGAAGUAAUUCAUAUAGAUUCAACUUCAGCAUUUGACAGGGUCAUACACAAAACACUGAUCAA